GUGUGACGUUAAUCCGUGUUUUCGGUUCGUCGUGAAGAUCAACAUGGCAACAGGGCAUUCCUUGUCAGUGGUUACCAAUUCUUGUAUUACGAGGCCUAGAAUUCCGAAUUCGAAUUUGCCAGAGAGUGAAUUAGAUCGAGAUUUAGCAAGAAGUCGCGAUCUCAAAAAGGAUGCACUAUUGGCGUCAUAUAAUGGCUCUGAUUAUCAUGAUUAUGACCAGGAACAAUUUGCUCAGUCCCAUUCGAAGGGAUUUGGCGGUGGCCCCUUGGAAGAAGAUGCACUUAUUGAUCAGCUCACAAACGAUGUGGAGAACAUCAGCAGUGAAGAUUUUUACAAACGGCUGAAAGAACUGAAAGAGAAACAUCGGGUAACACUGAAUUCCCUGGAGAAGAGGUAUAAAAAGAAAGUGUCUCGAAAGCGACAAGAAAUUGAGUUUGAAAAUAAUGUGCGGAAUGAAAUGGGAUUGGGCGGAGAUGACAAUGGCAACGACUGGAGCUUGAGUAUGAAUUACAUUAAUGGAAUUGAUAAAGUGAAAGGGAUGACUAAGAGUGGUCCAGUUUAUGUAGCUGAACAUGAACACAAACAUAUGGAUGACACGCUGCAGGCGUUUAACCAGAGUUUACCGGCAUGGUCGGCUCUACCAAGAGAUAAUGUGAGAGACAUGUCUUCGAAACCACCGACUGGACGGCCUCAGACAGCAUGGACCGACCGCCCAAAGUCCAGAUCUUCAGCACGCAAUGGCGUUCAUGGUCAGAAACAAAAGCCAGAUUGGAGUGAUGUCACAUGGAGUGGGAGUGAGUGUUCAGCUACAACGGAUGAAAUAAUAUCCAGUGUAAACACUUCGCUUGAUCUUUCAUUGAGUAAGCAGCCUGGAUCCCCAGCUGCAGUGGUUGACAAUAUGUGGGAAGAUUUCAGCGUCGACUCCUACAUACCACGUUCUCGCAGUUUGUCUAGAGCAUCUGCCCGCAGCAACUCAACUCAACAGAGCAAGGCAAAGGAAUGGUCUCCUAAAAUAACCAUCCCAAAGCCUUUUAGCAUGUCCUUGAGGGAAUCUAGUGAAGAACGGAAGAAAACAAGAGCCUCCAUGGACCUUGAUCAAGCAAGACUUGAUAGAGAGAAACAAGAGGAAAUAGAAUGCCAGAAGAAGUUCAAAGCAAAUCCAGUUCCGGCUCAUACUUUCCUACCGCUCUAUGAUGAAAUAAUGGAUCAACAAAUUGAAAAGUCGAAGAAGAACAGAGAAGAGAGCUACAAAAAACUCACAACUACUCAAAAACCAUUCAAGCUGACAGAAACUAAAAAGCACCAAAGAUCUGCCAGUGCUCCUCUGUCAGCAAAGCGGCCAAAGACACCGACCUUCAAGGCCAAACCAGUUCCAAAGUCUGUUUUUGAUCCAACAGUUGAUGAGCAAAUUUUGGAGGAAGAAGAAUACCGGAAGAUCAGAAUCAAGAUGAGAGCUGAGGAGAUGUUGAGGCAAUCUUCACUCCCUCCUAAUAUGCAGAUCAGAGGCAAGGAGUAUACCGAUGGAAAGAUGAGAAUGAAGAUGCAGAAAAAGCGGGAAAAGCAAGCUUUCCUUACAACAGAACACAAAUUCAGACCUCAGGUAAAUGGAGAGAUUCCAGACUAUGAUGAAUUACAUCGCAGGUUCCAGGAGGAGGUUCAGAGGAAAAAGAGAGAAAAGGAUCCGACCGUUAUUGAACCCUUCAAUCUAAGGACAGCCAGAAUUCCCUCUCGCAAGUCUAGAGCUCUGAUUGAAAUGGAGGAGGAAGAGGAGAGGCGGAAGGAGGCCCUCCGAGGGUCUUUGUCAAAGUCUACUUCUCUAAGAAGAUCCAUCGACAUGGGUGAUACGCUCCCAUCGAAGACUACCAAUGCUAACGAGCUGCGGAAGAGUGCACUUAGUAAGACACAGAUAGAGAAGGCUGAGCGGGAGAGACAGGAGAUGGAGCAGGAGAAACAGAGGAGAUACAGAGAGAAAAAGCUUCAACGAUUCAUCACCAGUAAAGCUAGGGCCAACGACACUUCCCAGAGCCUGGAGGCUACCAAUAGGGAGAAAUUAAGACAGCACAGAGAGUCUGAGAGAGCUCGUGAAGAAGAAUAUGAACGAGAGCUGCAGGAAAUGAUGGCCAGGAUUGAAUCACGUCCUCUUCUCUUUGAGAGAGAGACUGAGUUAAAUGCCAAGAAACGUGCAGAAAGAAAGUAUGAGAGUGCCCUCAAGAAUGCGGGAAUCAGUGAGGACUUCUUGGAGCGUAAAGGACGUUCAGGAGCCACCCAGAUACUGAGCAGUGGGGGAGGAAGGGAAGAGGAGAGCAGGAGUGAGGCAAGCUACAACUACGAUUACAACGAUGACGGUGAUGACUACGGAGGUUACAGUGGCGCUGGUGAUGGAAGAGACAAGUACGAUGAUGACGGCACUCCAGCGAGUGAUGAUGAUUAGAUUCAAUGUAAAUGAAUCAUUUCCAAGUUGUCUUUCUUUAUAUUAUCUCAUUGAUCACCUUGCCCUACCAUCCUUCCUGUGUGUUUUGAUGGUUAGCAUGACAAGGAUGUGAAAAUUCUGCUCUUAAGCUUGUUUCAGCUACAUAUGUUUGUAUUGUUCAUUGUAAAUUCAGCUUUUGUGUACUUUGUGUGUAGAAAAAAAGUAG